AUGGACGGCGGCGACGGCAGCCCGGUGAUGACGGACAGCGAGCGGCGGGCCUACUGGUACGGGCACCGGGCGUCGCCCAGGCUGCCGGGCAUGCGCAAGUCGUGGUCCAACGACUCGCUCGCCGGCUACGGCGGGGGCGGCAGGGCCUCGUGCGUGUGCGCGCCCACCACGCACCCGGGCUCCUUCCGCUGCAAGCACCACCGCCACGCCUCCAACCUCGGCGCCGCCGCCACGGCGCAGGUCAUUGAUGAGGCCCCCGCGGCCGACGCCGACGCGAAGCACAACGAGCAAGAGGGCCAGGAAACGGCGCCCGCCGCCGAUCAGGUGGACAAGUCGUCUUGA